AUGACCCUCAAUAACCCACGUCUCUUGCUUUUCAUCUCUCUUGUGCCGGCAAUGACUCGUGAUUCGAUUUUUGCUUGUCUACUUGCGGGCGCGCUGCCCGUCCUAGCAGCGACUCUCCCUAGCUUCCUCCACACCCGAGACAGCUUUAAGCAGCCCCUGGGUCUCUGCGAAACAGAUAAAAAGGUACAGCAAUAUUCGGGCUACAUCAAGGUAGAGGACGAUAUUGAGUUGUUUUUCUGGUUUUUUGAAGCUCGCAAAGAUCCAGACAAGAAGCCACUCGUGGCAUCUUUCGCAGGCGGUCCGGGUCUCGACAGUACCGGUGAAGUCCUGCUACUCGGGCCUUGCACGUUUGACGACGUGGAAGGAGAUGACCCAAAACGCAACGACUUCAGCUUCACAGAAGUGGCAAACAUGAUAUUCAUAGACCAACCGGUCGGUGUUGGCUUUUCAAAGGGCAGCGACGAUAAAAUCGAGGAGAUGGAUUCUACUGACAAGGCGGCUCCACUGAUUUGGAAGUUCUUCCAGGAACUGUACAAGCACAAGGAGUUCUCCAAAUUCAAGGGUCGCGACACAGGAAUAAUGACCUCGUCGUACGGAGGGCAUUAUGGACCAGCCUUUGCAAGCUACAUGCUGAAACAGAAAGCGAGCAAGACUGGCGUGCCUAUCAACCUCCGGUGGCUCGCCAUCGAUAGUGGUAGCAUGGACCUCGGUAUCAUGGCGAGCUCCUCGAUCGAUUACGCCUAUAAUAAUUCAUACAAAAAGCUCAUCACGAAACCGGCAGACUACGACGCUUUGCGGCAGGAAUUCACCGAGGAUUGUGCUCCACUUCUGAAAAAGUGUAAGGAAUCCGAUGAAGAUGACGACUGCGAGGAUGCUGCCAUGAAUUGCAUGCCGUUCGCUGCAGGCGACGUACUCAAAGAAAUGGGUAUGGAUUUCGACAAGCUAGAUGUGUCAGAGUCCGUGAAUGAGGACUCACCAUGGGAUGGUCCCAAAAACGACUGGCUCUCUCAGGCAAAAAUAGGGCGGGAGUUAGGUGCCGAGCAGGAGUACGCGGGCUUCAACAUGGAGAUCAUAAAGCAGUUCUACGGAACAGGGGAUCCUGCACGCUCGUCGUUAUCCACUCUUGGCAUGGUUGCAAAGGCCGGUGUUGCCAUCUUACUCACGGCUGGCGACAAGGAUUUGUUUUGCAACCAUAAAGGUGUACAGAAGUCCGCGGAGAGCAUUGAUUUUAAAGGCCGCGAUAAGUUCGCACGCAAGGCGUUGUCUCCGUGGAAGGUCAACGGCAAUACUUACGGGGAGUAUAAGACAGAAGGCAGUAUCUCAUACCUGAAUGUAAAAGAUGCAGGACACGGCACAUUCGCGUAUCAGCCCGCAGCAGGACUGGCUUUUUUCCGGCAAUUUUUGGCAAAAGACCACUUAGUCUCUGAGGGUUGA